AUGACACUUUUCGCAAUCAUCCUCUUCUUUUGCCAAGCCAAAGGCGUACGACCUCCAGAUAUAAGUCCCCUCUGCAACAGUAACGGAUGCACCUGCAGUCUAGCAAUGAUGUGGCAAAACACCUCGAAAGGACUCCCACAUCCACCGGUCCGCGCCAGAGUAUUCAACAAAAAUUGCACCUUCAUUUCAAAACCCAACAUCACACAACCCAGCGUGGGGAAGUAUCCCAUUAAUCUCACGUCGCCAAAGCUACUUUCCAAUUUCUCGAUAUUCGGAGAAGAUGCAAACAAGCAUCCGGAGUUCACAUAUGGAGUGAAUACUGAGGGUGGUGAGCAUUGCGGGUUUCAAACUAUGAAAUACGACAGAAUUUAUUACAAUGUACAUAGUUGUACCUUUGCGUGCGAGGGACCGAAAGCGAAAUGGUGGAUUGCUCCAUCUGACGCAAACCGCACUAAGGCUACAUGA